UCGCUCAGAAAGCCGCGGCUCGCAGCAGGUUGGUCGGGGCAGGCAGGCGGCUCGCACGGCUUCAUGACAGAGGUGACCGGGCGGACCAGAGCCCCCCCCGCGGUCCAGCAGCCCCCCCCCCCCAGCAGCAGCAGCACCGCUCCCCCCCGACACCAGCUCAUAACACAGCCGACCCGUGCACCGUGAUCCCCGGAUCACAACAAGGACGAACCGCCCCACAUCCACUCCGCUCCGCCGGGGGGGAGAACCGCGGGGCUGCCCGGGGGGGGGGACAGCACCAGCGACGGGACUCAGUCGGGGGGCGCUGUAGCGAGGCUGGUGGCCGGGAGAACCAGGUGGAUCCAUCCCUCCAUCCCUGCCGGCUAACCCGGGCUAAGGCUAGCCCAGACCCGCAGCGCCAUGGACUGGCUGAUGGGGAAGUCGAAGACGAAGCCAAAUGGGAAGAAGCCACCGGCAGAAGAGAAAAAGCAGUACUUGGAGCCAGAUUUCACGAAGAUCCGUGUGGUGGACUUUGACUUGAAGGAAUUGGUGGUGCUGCCCAGAGAGAUUGACCUCAACGAAUGGCUCGCCAGCAACACAACGACGUUCUUCAAUCUUAUUAACCUGCAGUACAGCACCAUCUCAGAGUUCUGCACUGGGGACACCUGUCAGGCCAUGACAGCCUGCAACACAAUAUACUACUGGUAUGAUGAGAGGGGGAAGAAGUCCAAGUGCACUGCUCCUCAGUAUGUUGACUUUGUAAUGAGUCUUUGUCAGAAACUGGUCACAGAUGAGGAAAUCUUUCCCACAAAAUAUGGCAAGGAGUUUCCAAACUCGUUUGAGUCCUUGGUAAAGAAGAUCUGCCGGUACCUGUUCCACGUGCUGGCUCACCUCUACUGGGCGCACUUUAAAGAGACGGUGGCUAUGGACCUGCAGGGCCACUUGAACACUCUGUAUGCACAUUUCAUCGUUUUCGUAAGGGAAUUCAACCUGGUCGAUCCCAAGGAGACCUGUAUCAUGGACGACCUGUCCGAAAUCCUCUGCAGCCCCGCGCCUCCGCCCACGCCGGCCCCCUCCGCCCCGGCUUCAGCACCAUCCCCUUCUUCACAAAACCACGUGACAGAGAGAUGAGCAGGGGCUGUGGCGAGACGGCAGCCCCGGGGGUGAUAAAAGAUAAGAUAGAGGAGAGAAGGAAAACAGCCCGGCCCCCUUCCUCGGUGCGAGCAGGACUUAAGAGACCUUCCACUACCCUUAUAUUUCGCUAUGACACCAACCAAACCAGCUGGAAGGACAGGGGGAGGGGUUUCUGAGGGUUUGGGGUGGCAGGGAGGGAUUUGUCACGCCAGCAGGAAUUGGCGUGAGCGUUCCUCCCAGGGACAAAUCCCUCCCAUCUUCUCUGCAAUCUAAACUAGGAACAAAACAAGUAUGUGUAUAUUUUAUUUUAUUGUAUUUUUUUUUUUCCUUUUGGUCAUAUUUUAUUUUUGUCGGAAGUUUUAUUCAGUUUUAUUUUUGGAGGGGGGCGGUGCAGCGCGUCUGUCGGCCCCCCUCUGUCCUCUACCUAACAUAGAGUGCAGGAAGGGGAGCUCUGCUUUGCUUCGACUUACUAUUGUACAGUGUUGUUAACGUGUGGAGAAGAGGCGUCUCUGCUCACCUGCGAGCUCGUCCUCCCCUCCUCCAGCAGCAGGGCGCCUCCUGCAGGUGCCAGGCCGUUAACGCUGGCCCGUAGGGCGCCGCGAUACUGCCUGGAUGGGGCGACGCUAGCCAAUCACUGUUUGGGUUGUUUGCGUGGGAGAAGAUAAAAAGCGCUUCCUACUCAGGACCUGAGAGAAUAAAUCACUGCUGCCAGAGAGAAGCAAACUCUCACUUUCAUUCUCUGUCCUUUGUUCACCAGACUACCCAGUCGUCUCGACGACAGAUGUUAAUCGUGUUUCAGUACGGUAUAUUCACAUAAGACCCCGGUGAACGCUUAACAUACAUGUCCCACAGCCUACCUGUAGAGGGCAGCGCACGUGUAGACAACGCAGCACACACGGGGAGGAAAAGAAAAUCUCAAGAUUGUAGAUGUUUAAUCUGAUCAGAGUUGAUGUUUAAAGCAACGCUGGGCCCAUUUAAGGGGAACGGUGGUUGUGUGGGGGAGUUCAGCACAGCAACAGUAGCCCCUUAAACCUCCAGCACCCACUCCACCCACUCAGCAGCACAGGAGGACAAAGACAUGAGGUCAUGUCUGCAGGCCCGUAGAGGCGACGUGGAGACGGACGGACGGACGGACGGACGGGAGGGGUGGAAGUACUGGUGUGACCCUGCUCUGCUGUAUAAUCACCAGUGCUCCCAGUGCAAGACUAAAACCUUUCAGCUUUUAUUUUCUUCCAGUCCCCUCUUGAAUUUGGUUUUUUAAAAAAUAUUAUCAGAGGAAAAAAAGUUUGGAAAUAACAAGUUUAUCAUCACAUGUAUAGAAAAUGCACAGUCUGCUUGGACUUUACUGUACAAAGAAUCACAAGCGGGUUCUGUCAGAUAUAGCCUCUGUAUGGAGGAGGAUUGGAUUUAUAAUUCUCCUUUUUUAUUUAUUUUCUCUUUUUUUUUUCCAUUUUUUGCAGGGUUCCUUGGUUCUGGCUCAUUUUUAUGUAUUUUAAUUAUUAACUAAGUUAAAAGCAAUUUAAUAUUUUAAGAUCUGCGGAUUAUAAUCUAAUAAAAGAGAGAAAUGCCA